GCGAGUCAGUUUUAUCAACAUCACAAGAAAAUGAGGCUCUUUUUCGGCGCUCUGGUGUUUAACUUCAUGCUUUUUUUUUAUGAAAUUGAAGAAGCAUCAGGUAUGAAACUAUCCGGAAGUAAGACUAAAAGAACAGAUCAAGAGGGAUUAUCAGUCAAUCAUUUUGCGCUUGAUUUGAAUCAAUAUCCAAUUGAACAUCCAAAACAUCCUAAUCAUCAAGAAUCAGAAGAACCAUCGCGUCCUAAAAUAAAACGCAGAAAGAUCAACGCAUAUUCUUCAGCUGCUGCGGAUUCAAGAGCUCUCUUUAUUUAUGAUGAUAGUUAUGAAAGAAAUGCUUUACAGCUUUUUAAAAAAUAUUAUAGCCACCCUCCUUCUCCUACAAAGCUUGCGGGUCAUUCAGAAGAUUUUACAAAUAAUAUAAAAGCUGCUCCUAAAUUUCCACUACUCAGUACCGAACCACCUUACAAUCAUUUUGCAGUUCCUGGCCAUUAUGGGUUCGUUCCAGCUCCUCUCCCUCUACAUUCUGAGGGUCAUCCUGGAGGAUCUGGAAUUCAGCGGUCCGCUGAAUAAAUAAAUCGGCUAGUUAUGGAGGCUCUGGAUGGGGUUCUGGGUGUCCUGGAUCGGUUCAUGGAAAGUGAUGCUUUCAAAAAGGCGUUCCUUUUGGCCCUAUAAUGUAUGGAACUCUUUUGGUAUACUUCAAUGUACAUAUGUGUUUUUAAAUUAUGUUUUUCAGGUAACAUUUUUGU